AUGUUCCAGAAUCGUAACGGCAGAACGUUAUACAGAUGGAAGCACGCCAACUGGAAACGUUUCCGCCAGCUCGUCAAGACAAACCUUCCUGAAUUCAAUUUCUCAGACGUACACUCCGCUCUAACCGUCUUUAACAACAUCGUUCUGGCGGCAGCGAAUCGAUGCUGCCCCAGAGGCCGAUUUAAAGCGCAGUUAGACGCCUGGCCCACCUACAUUCAGCAGCUCGACCAAGAGGCCAUCACCAAGGAACAAUUCCUCUCCAUGUCACUCACGGAAAAUCACAUCGCUUAUCAGCAAGCGGAUCCCAAUCGUUUCGCCGCCAUCCGUCAAUACCUCAGCUCAAGAUAUCAGCAAGCCAUAUCGAAAUUACACCCCGGUGAAAACUUAUCGUGGAAAUUCAUCGCCGCCUGCUAUGCUUCCCCGACUCCAUCUCUCAACGGGGUUCUCAUCCGAGACUCUCAAAAGGUCUGUACCUCAGGCAAAGCAGUAGUAAAUAGUCUUGCGAAAGCGUUCUUGCCCGUCUUUCCCCCUAGUAAGCCCCACUCAUUCAAGCGCAAGAAACCAGGUAGCAAUAGGGGCCUCCAAGCCUCUCUUGCUCGCACUUCAGAUCUAUAUCUCCCCCACCUUUAUAGAUUACUUAGUUAUAGGUUCAUAUCUUCUUCUUCUUACAUAGGUUUUUUACUCUUUUCUUUUCGACUAGCUUGCCAGCCAUCUUCAGGACAAGCCAUCUGGAAGAAGCCUUCUGUUUCGAAGUUCUCUUUUCUUUCUCUCACUAGGUUUCUCAUUUCUAAUUUUAGGUUUUCUCCACAUAAUUUAGGUAGUCUCCCACAAAGUACAUUAAAGUUCCAAAUAAGGCCACGCAAACUCAUUAGGUAUUUACAUGAUGCUUCCUCCUCUCCAAUUUCCUCUUUUCUUCCUUCUUCUUCUUCUAGGAAUCAAGGGCAGAAGGGGGGCGUCAGGUGGUUCUGCCACUGGAGAGGUGUAAGGGCGAGUCCUUCCCUCCCCUUUUCUCACUCCCCCCCUUUUUCUUCUUCUUUUUCUAUUCCUUUUUCUUUUAAAUUCUUUUGUAGAUCUGACAGACCGCGUGCAAGAGAUGCAAGUUUGGUGAAUUCUAACCCUGACCGGUUAGGAUUGCGUUGCCUCUUGUUGCUACCGGAAGGGGUGAGGUUGCAUAACCUCUCGCUUGCUUCCUUUCUUGGUUUCUCUUCUCUCGAGGACCCUGAUCCUCACCUUGAUGAGUCUUUUACGCUCACAGAACUAAAGGCAGCUCUGCACUCUGCGCUGAGCUCCAAAGCCCCUGGACCCGAUAAGAUCCAUUACGAAUUGCUGACACAACUCUCUAACGAGUCCCUCGAAUUCUUCUUGCAAAUUAUGAAUCUUUCCUUCUCCACUGGCGAACUUCCCGCAGUGUGGAAAAUGGCCUGCAUUUUCCCACUGCUCAAACCUAGCAAAGACCCAGCCAGUUUGUCCUCUUACCGGCCGAUCAGCCUGAUCUCAUGCACCUGCAAGCUCUUUGAGAAAAUGAUCACCACUCGCCUUUUACGCAUCUGGAAACCUCAUGACUGCCAACACGCCUUCCGCAGCCUUCACACUACCAUUAUGCCUCUUACCAGAAUUACUGAUACCAUUGAACGGAGCCGCAAUGAAUACCAUGAAGUACAGAUACCCAAGAAGAUGUUACCCAAUAGUUUUCAGAAGCACUACCGCCUCAACCCCACGCUCAUAGUGAUGAUUGAUUUUAGCAAAGCCUUCGAUUCCAUAGACCAUAACUGA